UUAGAUUGAAAAAAUGAAAAGUGUUAAAUAAAUACACAAACUAAAUUGAGUACAACACUGCAACAAAUAUUCAGAUGAUUAAUUUUACCUAGCUUACACGAUUUUUUUGCCGGGAAAAUCUCUUAGAUAAACUGAUUGAAAUUUAUUGAAUCAUUAUAAAGAGAAGGGAAAUUUGGUUUGGUUGUGUGUGAUUUGUUGAAUUUAUUGGAAACGGUGAAAGAGGCGAUGACUGAAAAGGGUCGGAGCUUCCCGGUGGAUCCGAGUGUUCCACGAUGGGCUUGCCAGAACUGUCGCAAUCCUCUCUACAUCGUCGGAGUUGAUCCCCAUUCCGAAAAGUUCCUUAACGAAUCCUCAUCUCGUUCUGGUAUGCAGGGCUCAUCAAUGCACGGCGCCAGUAGUGUGUUAUCUUCAACACGAAUGGAUCAUUCUUUUGUUGUACUACCGCAAAGAACUCAGCCUCCAGGAGUCCCUCCGCGCCCUCGUGGUGGAGCUGUCCAGUCGGACAUAGGCCACCCAGGAAAAGCAAUGGAUGAAUCCUUUGUGGUUGUGUAUAAAUCUGAGUCCUCGACCGAUGCAGGUGGAAACCAUAUGCCUGCACCUGGCGGAGGAUCCAAUUGUUCUUCACAAUCAAACAACUUUGGUUUUGAUUCCACUAUAACUGUCUUGAAACGUGCAUUUGAAAUUGCCACCAAUCAGACACAGAUUGAGCAACCCUUAUGUCUCGAGUGCAUGAGGGUAUUGUCUGAUCAACUUGAUAAGGAAAUUGAAGAUGUAAAUAGGGACGUUGAAGCAUAUGAGGCUUGUCUUAAGCGUUUGGAGGGGGAGCCUCGUGAUGUUCUUAGUGAAGCAGAUUUUCUUAAAGAGAAGCUGAAGAUUGAAGAAGAAGAGAGACAGCUCGAAGCAGCUAUUGAAGAAAUAGAGAAACAAAAUGCAGAAGUAAAUUGUCAACUGAAGGAACUUGAUUUAAAAUCAAGCAAAUUUAAGGAGCUGGAGGAGCGGUACUGGCACGAGUUCAAUAAUUUCCAAUACCAAUUAAUAUCUCACCAGGAAGAGAGAGACGCAAUUCUGGCCAAGAUAGAAGUUUCACAAGCACAUCUGGAAUUGUUGAAAAAAACUAAUGUUUUAAAUGAUGCCUUUCCAAUUGGACAUGAUGGAGAAUUCGGAACAAUUAACAAUUUCCGACUUGGACGACUUCCUAAAAUUCCGGUUGAGUGGGAUGAAAUAAAUGCAGCCUGGGGGCAAGCUUGUCUCCUCCUUCAUACCAUGUGCCAAUAUUUCCGGCCAAGAUUUCAAUCUCGAAUAAAGAUAAUUCCUAUGGGUAGCUAUCCUCGAAUUGUCGACAGUAACAACAACACUUAUGAUUUGUUUGGUCCUGUCAACCUGUUUUGGAGCACUCGAUAUGACAAAGCGAUGACAACGUACGUGACCUACCUUAAGGAAUUUGCUGAGUUUGCCUACUCAAAGGAUCAAGAAAACAACAUACCGCCUGAGAAAUGUUUCAAAUUGCCAUACAAGAUUGAUGGGGACAAAGUGGAAAGCUACUCUAUCACACAAAGCUUCAACAAGCCGGAAACCUGGACGAAAGCUCUGAAGUACACUCUUUGCAACUUGAAAUGGGCUCUCUAUUGGUUUGUUGGUAAUACAAACUUCCAGCCUCUUUCAGCAAUGGUGUCUUCUCAUGCUGAAGUCCCUGCAGGAGGCUCUUUGUACGCGAAGCGUGGAACCGACUCCAAAUCCAUGUUUCGUAGGUAGCUCUCAAAACUCGUGGUAGAUGUGGACGAACAGUGGUACAUAGCAAAACAUGUACAUAUUACUCUUUUGCUUUUGAAGACAAAUUAGAUUUGUUAGUAUAAAUGAUUUGAAGCAUGUAAAGUCCCAAUAAUUUCAAAUUGUUCCUUUUACACAACAGAAAUCAUUGUCUAGUGGUCUGUAGUCUGCUCAUAAGAGCAGCCUAUAACAGUUAAUACCUUUAGCUCAAGAUGUGAUUUGAUUUACACUUUAGAA